CCAACAAGAAGAAAUGAUUUCUUAGUUUAUUUGUGAUAAAUACACCGCCCAAACAGAAAGAGGUCACUCACACAAACACCUUGAGCUCUCUCUACCAUACAAACAAAAGAAGCCAAAAUCUCCAGCGGAGAGAUUAUGGCGGGACAGUCGCGAAAAUGGAUGAUUCUGGUGGCGACGAUUUGGAUUCAGGCUUUCACCGGGACCAACUUCGAUUUCUCGGCUUACUCUUCAGAUUUGAAGUCGGUCUUGGAGAUUUCGCAGGUGCAGCUUAACUACCUCGCCGUGGCUUCCGAUCUUGGGAAGGUGUUCGGGUGGUCUUCGGGGCUUGCGCUGAUGUACUUCCCGCUUUGGACGGUGCUCUUCGCGGCGGCGUCUAUGGGAUUCGUCGGUUAUGGAGUACAGUGGCUCGUCAUCACUAACUUCAUCUCUUUGCCUUAUAUGAUGGUGUUUCUCUGUUGCCUACUUGCUGGUCUAAGUAUCUGUUGGUUCAAUACAGUCUGUUUUGUGCUAUGCAUCAGCAACUUCCCUGCCAACCGAGCACUUGCUCUUUCCCUCACAGUAAGCUUCAACGGUGUAAGCGCUGCUUUGUACACUCUUGCUUACAACGCAAUCAACCCAACCUCUCCAGAGCUGUACCUUCUCUUAAACGCUCUCAUACCUCUCGUCGUUUCCUUCACUGCAAUCAUCCCGAUCCUUCGCCAACCGCCUUUCGAGCCUCUUCCACCAGAUGGAGUUCGCCGUGACUCUCUCAUGUUUCUACUGCUCAACAUUCUCGCCGCUCUAAACGGUGUUUACCUCCUUCUAUUUGAGUCAAACUCCUCUGAUAUAACCUCUGCUCGUCUCCUCUUUGGUGGAGCAAUCAUUCUCUUGUUCCUCCCUUUAUGUAUCCCCGGUUUGGUCAUCGCCCGUAACUGGUAUGAUCGCACCAUCCACACGAGCUUCCGCCUAGAAGGUUCCGGUUUCAUUCUUGUUGAUCCUGAUGAGCUUGAGUUGCAUAAAGGGAUGCUUGCACAUGAAGCCAAUAGAGAGAGCUACCAGUUGCUAAACGACGACGUUGUGCAAAACCUUGUUAUUAAGACUACACCUCCAGAGGAAGGUGACACUGAUGAGUCUUGUUGCAAGAAGCUUAUCACAAGAGGCCAGCUUGAGAUAUUGGGAACUGAACAUUCUUUGUCGCAGCUCUUACGCAGAGCUGACUUCUGGUUCUACUAUAUUGCGUAUUUCUGCGGUGGAACUAUCGGUCUUGUGUACAGCAACAACCUCGGACAGAUUGCUCAGUCUUUAGGACAAAGCUCAAAGACCACAACUCUUGUCACACUUUAUUCUUCUUUCUCAUUCUUUGGAAGAUUACUCUCUGCAACACCAGACUAUAUCCGAGCGAAGGUUUAUUUUGCAAGAACCGGGUGGUUAGCUAUCGCGCUUUUACCAACACCAAUAGCUCUUUUCUUACUCGCAUCAUCAGGAACCGCGUCAGCAUUACAAGCGGGAACAGCACUGAUAGGUCUAAGCUCCGGGUUCAUAUUCGCAGCAGCGGUUUCCAUCACAUCAGAGCUUUUUGGACCGAACAGUGUUGGCGUUAACCACAACAUCUUGAUCACAAACAUACCGAUAGGAUCGUUGAUCUAUGGAUUCUUGGCUGCAUUGGUCUAUGACUCGCAUGGUUUGACUGGGAUCAGAUCGAUGAAAGAUUCCGUCGUGUGUAUGGGACGGGGUUGCUAUUACUUGACCUUCGUGUGGUGGGGAUGCUUGUCGGUUCUUGGACUUGCUUCGAGUCUUGUGUUGUAUAUUAGGACCAGAAGAGCUUAUCAACGGUUUGAACAAGCUCGGAUAAGUUCAAGCAUUGAUUCAUAGAUACUUGCCUCAGUCCCCAACGCUUGUGUAUAUCAGUAAUUGUAGGACAUACAUUAUACAGACGUAUUAAUGGAUGGACUGUUAUGGAUUUUGGCUGAUAA